GCCGAGGCGGCCUACGACGCCAUCGACUUCGCGACGUGCAACGAGGUCGAGGUCGUCUUCCAGGCCUUCAACAACCGCGGCGCGCUCAUGGUGCGCCGGGGCCGCGCGGCGGAGGCCAUCGCCAACUUCGAGUCCGCCGUCGCCGUCGACGACUCGGACGGCGACGCGUGGUUCAACCUCGCGGCCGCGCGGCGCAACGCGGGCCGCGUCGACGAGGCCGUGGACGCCUUCGACCGCUGCCUCGCGCUCGGGCCGACCUUCGCCGCCGUCGUCGGCCGCGCGGAGGCCCUCGCGGCCCUCGGGCGCCACGAGGAGGCCGCGGCCGCCGCGGCCGCCGCCGUCGCGCUCGAGCCCGGCGACGCGCGGGGCCACGUGGCCCUCGGCUACGCGCGGCUCCGCACGGGCGACGCGCCCGGCGCGGCGGCGGCGCUCCGCGCCGCGGCGGACGCCGGCGACGGCUCCGCGACGACGGCGCGGCUCCUGUCCGUCGCCGAGGCGCUCCACGCGGACCUGCUGGCGCGCGGGGGCGACCUCGGCGGCGCCCUGGCGCUCUACCGGUCGGCCCUGGCCGGCGGCGGCGACGCGGCGGCGCGCUACAACUACGCGCUGCUGCUGCAGCGGAGCGGCGACGGCGCCGGCGCCGUCGCCGAGCUCCGGCGCGUCGUCGCGGCGGAGCCCGACCACGCCGCGGCGCACAACGCCCUCGGCCUCGCGCUGCUCCAGCGCGGCGACGCCGCGGGCGCCGAGCCCCACCUCGCGAAGACGUCGGACCUCGCGCCCGGCGACAGCGAGCGCUCGCUGAUUGAGUUCCACGCAGGCCCGCGGGACGUCGCCGCCGCGCUCGCGCACUACGGCGCGGCCGCGGAGCUGGGCCACGAGGGCGCCAUGCUCUGCCUCUACGACGCCCUGGGCGACGGCGACGCCGACGGCGACGAGUGGCUCCACCACAGCGCGUUCCUCGGCGACGCGGCCGCGCGCGCGCUCCUCGCGGAGCGCGGCGCGGAGCCCCGGAAGCCCCGGGCCGUCGUCGCGGAGCGCGCGCGCCUCGUCGCGCGC